UUCUGAAUGAAUGAUAAAACCCCCUAAAUAAAAUACAAAACACUUUAUCUUUUUCUGGCCAAAUAAACUGAUAAAGAGCCAAUCAAAAGCAUCGGAAUCAAAUUACUAGAUUAGUAGUUGCAAGAAAGUUAGGGAGAAAAAUAAAUGAUUCUGUAUUUAAAGUUAAAAAACCUGAAGAAUGAAGAUUUGGACAUUAAUAAGUACACUAUUUGUUGCAGGAUGGAAUGAUCAACUUCCACAUUGGGACUCCACUAACCAUGGUUUAAUAAAACUACAUACUGGCGGUACAACUAAGAGCAUCCACACUGGAAAAACACAUGCAACACAUACCAGAGAAAAAUCUCAGUUUCAACCUGGAAACUUCAAAGCAGAUUUGAAAGCUCCAAGAAAGUGGAAAUGUACAAUUUGUUUAAAGACAUUUAUGCAGAAAUGCCAUUUAGGGUAUCAUAUGAAUACCCACACCGGCCACAAGCCAUAUGUAUGUUCCAUAUGUAACCAAGGAUUCCCUUCACCAGCAGGCCUAUCUCAGCACAUGAAGAAUCACCAUAAUGCUUUACAUUAAUUGAUAGCAAAAUUAAUAUGCAUACACAUUGUUUUGAAAUGUUUUAAUUUGUUUGAUGUAUGGUAUUUGUUACAAAUUGAAAUAAAACACAAUACAAUGAAAAAAAUGUUUUACAAGUAUUUUCAAUCAGUUUAACCCAGAGCCUGAUUUUGCUUUUAUAGUUGACAAUCCACUUAUACUAUAUACACCAGAGAGAUUAUGUAAUAAAAACAUGGGAUACACAGGGGUUCAGGUUUCUAAUAGAUC